CAAAAUGCUAAGCCAAGCCCCAUCAAUUGCCAAACAGAGCGCAACUGGUUUUGCCCUUAAAGUGUCUCAUUCUUAGCUGGUAUGAAACAGUGGGCCAUGCACGUGUGUUCUCUCUCUCUCUCUCUCUCUCUCCUCCCUCAUUUUAUAUACGAAAAUUCGCACCCUGCUUCCUCGCAAACAGUCGCUAACUUCCUCUGUUUUUUUUUUUUUUUUUUUUUGUCCUCUUUGAGAACCACAUCAAACACUUUUGAAAAAUGGCCCGAGUCGGAAAGCUAACAAAGCUCAAAUCUGCCAUCAAAAGACUGCCCUCCAUCACCAAACUCAGCCGAACCACCAGCUCCAGCUCCAUUGCUGCAACGAACUACUCCACCAAUCAGCUCGUCUCCAAAGAACUCCACGCCGUUUAUGUCGGAAAAUCCAGACGACGGUACCUCGUAAACUCCGAAAUCAUCGACCACCCUCUGUUUCAGGAGCUCGUGGACAGGUCAUGCGAUUGCAAUGACGGGGUCGUCGUUACUUGCGAAGUGGUGCUGUUCGAACACUUGCUUUGGAUGCUUGAGAACGCAGAGUCUCAGAUGGGUUCCAUGGAUGAGCUCGUGGAGUUCUACACUUGCUGACUGACCCUCCCAAAAAAAAAGAAAAAAAAAAAAAAGGGACAACUUGGGAAUUUCCAAAUUGAAUGUAGGUGAUGAGAAAUGAAAGUUUGUAAUUGUAAAGAUGAUGCUAGGAUUUUCUUCGUUAUUUGGUAGUUUUUUUUUUUUUUUUUUUUUUUUCCUCCAACUUUGUGAGUGUUUUCUCUGUGUGAACGUGUAUUGUCCUUUUUCUUGGACUAUUUGGAUUAAUUAACCAUAUGAAGAAAUAUUUUUACUGAGAGAAUGGUUAUGAUGAUUGUUUAU